UGUGGAGAUGAGCCGAAAAUCACUCACUGUUGUCGGCUUGGAAGUAGCGGCAGCCCGGGGGUCGCGAACACCGCUCCGCUCGCUUCUUUUUCGGCUUGUCCUGACCGCCACUGCUUCUUUAUGGACACUUUGGAUUAAAACGUGUGGGAAUGAGCAGUUUUGAUCACAUGAUGGUGCUGAGAAAACGACUAAAAAGGCGAGAUUGUGGUGGGAGGCUGCGAUGCUAAGUCGAAGCUAAAGCGUUAGCCUUGUUUCUUUUUAUUUUAUUUUAUUUUUUUUAUUUUUUUUGCUUUUGGGACAUUUGAUUGUGCAUAUUUUUCAACCAGAUUCUUUUGCUGGUUCGCAGAUUUUUUGAAGUUUUGUUUAAAGAAAAGCUUAAUGAAACGAGUAAACAGCUUCAAUAGGUUCAUGAACAGAAGAGCCUCUGCAAACUGCCGCUACCAGCCCACAUGCUACGAGCACGCCGCUAACUGCUACACGCACGCUCUGCUGAUUGUUCCGGCCUUUGUGGGGAUGGCUCUGCUCCACCGCCUCUCGGACACGUCGUGGGAGAGGAUCACGGCUGUGGUGUACGGUCUGGGCCUCUGCGCGCUCUUCGUCGUCUCCACCGUGUUCCACAUCAUCACCUGGAAGAAGAGCCACAUGAGGUCCAUGGAGCAGUGUUUCCACAUGUGUGACAGAGUCGUCAUAUACUUCUUCAUCGCUGCCUCCUACACGCCCUGGUUGAACUUGAGGGAGCUGGGUCCUCUGGCGGCUCACAUGCGCUGGUUCGUUUGGCUCAUGGCGGCGGCUGGAACCAUCUACGUCUUCAACUACCAUGAAAAGUAUAAACUGGUGGAGCUGGCCUUCUAUCUCACUAUGGGCUUCUUUCCUGCUUCAGUCAUCACCUCCAUGAGUAACACAGACGGUCUACAUGAGCUGGCGUGGGGAGGUCUGAUUUACGUUUUGGGCGUGUUCUUCUUCAAAAGUGACGGCAUCAUCCCCUUCGCGCACGCCAUCUGGCACGUGUUCGUGGCUCUGGCGGCCGCCGUCCACUACUACGCCAUCUGGAAAUACCUUUAUAAGAGCCCCGGGUCCGACUCUCUGCUCGAAACGUGACCCCCAACUGUGACGGUAGUAAAGUGCACUGCGUAACCUUUCUGAUGGAGGCUCUGCCAGAUCGUCUCUCAGGAGAUCCUGCUGCUUUGCUGGGAAUGUUCCGCACUGUGGCAUUAUACUUCUAUCUAUCUUGCAUUAGUUCUCUUACAGGCAUUACAGGUGCAAAUAUACUCUGAAAAACACGUUCUUACUGUGAGUUGGGUCGCCCCUGCACUGAUCUGACCUGUAACUUGGGCUGCCUGUCUCACAUGCUUCUUGUUGUCUCCAUGGAAAUAGAGACAUUCAAUAUGAUACUGUGGAACAUUCCUGGCAUAUCCAUGGAGACAAGCAGAUGGCAGACUUUGCACCAGAGAAAAUACACAGUGCAAUUUUAAAGUGCAUAUGACGGUAUUUAAUAACACAAUUAUAUUUAAGAAUUACUGUAUUUUCUGCACUAUAGUUCACUCUGGAUUAUAAGGCGCACUGUCAUUGAAUGUUCUAUUUCUGACCUUUUUUCACAAAUAAACCACACUGGACUAUAAGGCGCAUUAAACGAAACACAACAGUUAGAUAAGUCAGUCAAACUUUAUUUAACACGUUCACAAUAACUCUCAACUUUGUUCAAUUGUAACACGUAAAAAAAUACUGUCUGAGAGGCUAAAUUGUUAGAGUAUUUACAAUAAGUCAUAAUUGUUCAAACAGUUGGGCGAUUACGGCGUCCAGCACGCCCGCAUCCCUCUCGUCAUUAUCCGAGUCAGUGUGGUUACUGUUCCUUGAGCUCGGACCACAGUUGAUACUGAUCCUUAGCCCGGGCGUCCACGAUCCGUUGGCAGUAAGUCGCUCGGCGCUGUCUCCCCUGUCUUGGUGAAUGUGUGUUCUCCUUCUCUCAUCCACUGCUCCCACACAGCUCACACUUUCACUUUAUAACAGCCUUGAGUUUAAAGUGGGAGUUGUGGGCGUGUCUCUUGACAGGUGCAUUUUGAUAUUAAAAGGAAUCACAGUAUGUAUUAAUGCUCUUGACUACGGGAGCCGUAAUGCUGCAAGUGGAGCGGCUUUGUAGUUUACUAAAGUCGUACUAAGACACCCCAAUAAAUUCAUGUAUAAGACACUCUGGAUUAUAAGGCACUCUGGAUUAUAAAGCACUCUGGAUUAUAAAGUAUAAGUUUUUGAUGAAAUUAUAGGCUUUUAAGUGCGCCCUAUAGUGCGGAAAAUACGGUAACUACAAAUCUUGCAUAGUUUUUUUAGUUUUUGAAUUUUAGGUAAGUUUAUAAUUCUACUUCCUGUUUGGACAGAGAUAGAGGUAACAGUUACCUAGCAACCAUAAUGUUAACAAGGGCCAAACACAUCUAAAUUACAUCAUAUUUAUGAUUAGACUAAUACAAAUACCUGACAAAACCUUUAUUUUGGUAAAUGAAGGUUUAAACUGUCAGAAAAAUGAAAUUAUAGCUUCUUCCUGUCUUUUUGUACUUUUUUCAUUUUUUUACUAUUCCACCAAACCAAGUCAGACUGAAAAACUUGAAAACCUGUCAUAUGCACUUUAAGUAUAAAAAAGGAAAGAAGCACAUGGCUCCUACACAAUAAAAGCACUCAGAAAGAAAAUGACUUCCAAAAUAAACUACUCAUAGGGGGUGCCGAUAUAAACUGAAAACCAAGAAAUCUUUGUAUCAAUAAAUAACCAUAUCGCUGAUCCAUUUAAGAUAAUAAUAAUAUUAGAGAAUGUCUGCAAUUGAUUUCACAAAUGUAAAAGCGAAAACUUAACAAUUUGUGGAACUAAAAAUCACAAAUUUUUCCAAUAUAAAAAGAUACAAAGUAAAUCCUUCAAAAUAUCUAAUGUAAUUUAAUCUAAAUAAGGACUGACAGUAAUGGUGUUUUCAAAGUUUGUUUUAAAACAUUUGAAUUUUAGUUCUUAUUUCAGAAAUUACAAUUCAUAUCAAAUUUGCCUUCAUAAUAUUCAAAUUUUGAUUAAGUUGAAGUAACUUUUUGGCAUGAAUGUUGACAAAAGCUGAGAGCACUUGACAAAAAAUUAUGUGAAAGACAGUUUUUUUGUUUCACUAUUUGAUCAUUUUUUCUUAGUUUUUAUGUCUGAUCAUUUGGGAAGUUAAAUAUUAAAUAGUAUUGUGAAAUUUCUGCCAAAUUUCAUAGCCAGAAAGUUUGAAGAUUGGAAAAUUGAAGGUACUUUACACUGCCUGAAGCUGCCAACAUUCACAACAUCAAAACGUUUACAGUCCAACAGAAGCAGAUUCAUGUCUUAAGAAUUUGAAAUUUAAAAAAUAUAUUAUUCUAGUAUUUUAUAGGAGCUCUAAAACUAACUAAUUUCUGUAAUUUUUGAAAAGUGCACCAACGUAGGGAAAACAACACAUGAAAUUUCAGUAUUUAAAGACAUAGUAUGUAACUUUUUAGCCACAAAAUUGAGAAUGGUAUUGGUUUUGGUUGUGUUUAUUGCACUGAAAAACUUAGAAACUGCCGCUUCCUUACUGUGAGCGGGCUUGCAUCUGCAUAAACCUGUUUCAUAUUUGGCUUGGAGGAAGGCCUCUUGCUGCUCGUUUCCAUGGAAAUAUUGGCAUUAAUAUUCCACAGUAUGGCAUAAAACAUAUCUCCAUUCUGAAGUAUGUUUUGAACUUUUUGUUUCCAUGGAAUCACUUAUCCACCUCCAGAAAGUUACAUAUUGUACCUUUAAGAUAAGUAUUGUAUUCGUAUUUGAGCUGUAACAAACUUCUAAUUUAAGGAGAACAAAACAUAAAAUUCCAGUAUUUGAAACAGUGCAAAAUUCAAACUCUGGACAUGAAUUUGCUUCUAUUUUUUUGUACAUUGACAAAGUACGGAGCCCCUGAAAUCCCUUAAAAAAAAGAAUAUCUUAAUCCCUUUAGGGGCUCCGUACCAAAGAGCAGCGUUCUAGAGGAAAUCUUUUCUAUGAAACAAAAACAGAUUGUAUUAACCUUUCACACAUUCCACUCAUUUUGUAACAACUUCACAUUUUUGCCAAAUCACAAAUCAGUCUUUAUAUGAGCAUCAGAUGGACUCAGUAAUAAUGAUACUAAAGCAUUUUCUUUUUCACUUGCUCAAAACUACCUUGACAUUGGUAUUAAAAAGACUUUCUUAUUCACAAUAUUCAUUCAUCAGCGUAAACAAACUUGAAAAUGAGUUAUUUCAGAUUAAGACUGUAAUUUUGUUCUCAUUUUGUAUUUGUACAAACUUGAUUCUCAUUCAUUCUUCUGAUCAGUGUGAGGCGUCUUCAGACCUUGUAUAUCUGUCCACGGGCAUAUGAUGAUAAUGUCAAAGCUUGAUCUCGGUCUCAGAAGGUGACCAGGGACGGGUCUGGUUAGUAAUUGGAUUGGAGACCUUUGAGAAUACCAGGCGCACAGUGGGGGCUGCAGAGGCAAAAAACGGUUGUGUCCUUAGUAGGGAUGGUACAAGACGUAAUUUCCACAAGACGAGACGAGAUUGGGUCCACGAGACAAGACGAGAUUUUAACGUACCGUAUUUUCUCACACUAUAAGACGCACUGUCAUAGAAUGGUCUAUUUUCAAACUUUUUUCUCAAACGAACCGCAGCGGACUUUAAACGAAACACAACAGUUGGAGGGGUCAGUGGGACUUUGUUUGGCACGUUCACGGUGACUCUGGGCUUUGUUCAGUUGUGUCUAGAAGUGGCACAUUGCACUCGCUUUUUCGGUUCGUUCCUCCGUUCCGUUCCUCGUCGGUGUGGAGUGAUGAGUGUGUCUGUGGGUGUGUUUCGCUGUGCGGUCGCUGUCUGCUCCGUGUGUGUUUGUGUGUUCUGUGGGUGGUGUGGCCUUGUAGUUUACUGAAGUCGUGCUGGGACACCCGAGUGGAUUCGUGUAUAGGGCGCUCUGGAUUGUGGGGUGCGUAGUCGUUAUUUGAUGGGGUUGGAGGCUUAUGAGCGCGUCUAAUAGCCCGGAAAAUACGGUAAUUAAUAAUAUACACAUUUAAUGGUUCAGUUUCCAGUUUGGACCUCAGAAUUUUCUUUUUAGUUUGAUUACGCAUUUUUGUUUCCAUUCUUGUACGGCUCUUUGGAACUGUUAGAGCUGCAACUCACCAACACGUGACCCUUUUUGGCCAAUUCAAAUGUGAAUCUCACGCGAUCUUUUUUCUCUUGUGUGUACGAUCUUGUGGUGAUUUUAUCUCGCGCGAUCUUCUGGCAUGAGAUCUUGUACCGUCCGUAUUCCAUAGGCAAACCCUUGAUCAGACCUUGUAUAUGCGUCCACUGGCAGGUAAUAUGACAUGAUAAUAAUGUCAAAGCUUGAUCUCGGGCUCAGAAGCUGAGCAGGGAUGGGUCUGGUUAGUAAUUGGAUGGGAAAACCUUGGGAAUACCAGGUGCACAGUGGUGAAGCAGAGGCAAAAACGGUUGCGUCCUUUGUAGGGAUGGGACGAGACACAAUUUCCUCAAGACAAGAUACGAGAUUGGGUCCACGAGAACAAAACAAGACGAGAUUUUCCAAUUUUCAGUUUCCAAUUUUGGCCUUAAAACUUUCUUUUUAUUUGUUUUCAUGUUUUUGUUUCCAUUCUUGUACAGCUCUUUGGAACUGUUUGAGAUGUAACUCACCAACACGUGACCCUUUUUUGUCCAAUUCAAAUGUAAAGACUUGGAGAAAAAAAAAAAUCUCAGGAGAUCUUUUUUCUCUUGUGUGGACGAUCUUGUGGCGAUUUUGUCUUGCGCGAUGUUCUGGCACGAGAUCUUGUACCGUCCUUAAUUCUUUCCACAAUGUCCACAAGAUGAGAUGAGAUAUGAGAUUGGGUCCACGAGAACGAAACAAGACAAGAUUUUAACAUAAUUCCUAAUACACACAUUCUUCUUAUUUCUUUUUAUUUGUUUUCAAAUUUUGUUUCCAUUCUUGUACGGCUCUUUGGAACUGUUCGAGAUGUAACUUACCAACACGUGACCCUUUUUUUCCAAUUCAAAUGUGAACACAAGAUAUUUUUUCUCUUGUGCGUACGAUCUUGUGGCAAUUUUGUCUCGCGCGAUGUUCUAGCACGAGGUCUUGUACCGUCCCUAGUCCUUAAGCAAAACACUUGGUCCACAUAGCCUGGCGUUAGUUGGUGGGAGGGACUGAUGGUGGAAAGUGGCAGCCACGCUUCCGUCAGUCUGUCCCCGGGAAGCUGCGGCUACAGUAGAAUCUCACCACCGACGAGCGUGGAGUGAACGAAUAAUGCCGUGAAGCUCUUGAAAGGAGCUGUAUAAAUCUAUUGCAUUAUUACCGCUCUAACAUCUCUGCAAAAAAAAAAAAAACCUGCAGAAUUAUUACAGUAAAUACACAAAAAAAUUUAAGAAAAGAAAUGGAACGCCCAACCUGUCAUUUUGUUCUACUCCUGGUUUAUUCUUGCUCUGGACCAGGUUUAGGUAAAUCAUAAUUUUGAUGUGAUCGCAGCUGAAAUGAAUCCACAACCUGUAUUUGUUUUUUUUUUUUUUGGCUGGACUAUAAACACAAGUUCUGAAGAUCUCCUCAAACACGACCUGUACUGACUCUGUUGUAAAGUAUUGUAGCGCCCUCUGCUGGUGUGAGCGUACAUCGCAUUGGUAAGAGACGCCGGACUCUUUAUAUUUAAACUUGAGCCAAACAUUUCUGUGACUGUGGCGUUUUAUGGUAUUUUACUGUGAAAAGACGUGAGCGAUUCUGCAUGACUUUUGUACUUUGUGACCAGGGCUUGAGAUUAACAUCAGUCACAUUUGGUAACACGUUUAGACACCAGAGGAAUUUUAAACGUAAAACUCCUCUGAGCUGAUCUGCUCUACAAUAAAAUAAGACGUGAUUAUUAAUUUAAAAUGUAAAAAUUAAGAUCUUCUCAGUGUUACCAAAAAGUCUCUGUACCUGAUUUUUUUCUUUCUUAAAAACGCGAAAAGCAAAACUAGUUCAUUUGAAAUGUUUUGCCGUGUUCCAAAGUUAUUCUUCACUCACUUUACGCAUUUAGAACAUCCUAAUUAUUCAUCAUGACGAGUUUAAGAUUCUUUCCACAACCCCCAGAGACCAGUUUGGAAAAAACAAACACGGAAACGGAAAAAAAAUCAGGUACAGGUCCUUAAAGUUGACGUCAAGCCGUUGGGAUCCUGCGUUCUCUGCUGCUCUGUUGACGACGAGUGCGGGAUUUAAAAAAAAAAAAGACUGAAUCAAUCAACUUCGCUCAUAGUUUUUGUAAAAAUAUCGGCUGCGUUCGGAUGCCGCGGCUUUUCCAAACGGCGGCUCGUCCUUCUGAAAUCUAGAACCACUGUGUUUUGUAAUGUUUGUAUAUUGGAUAUUCUAUUAUUACCAUGUUCUUAAUGUUGAUCCUGGCCUUUGCAGGAAACUGAAACUGCUUUUGUCCAUUGGCUGUUUAUGGUGCUGCCGAUUUAAGAAUGCUUCAUGUAACUUUCUAAUGUGACAAUAAAACAAUAAUAUUCCCA